AUGAUUGCUCACCAGGCGUUGAGUGUUGCAUCGGACGCCACGACCAUAAAAUAUGUAAAUAUUUUAAAACCGAAAGCCUAUAUUGGCUGUUGUGAGAAAAUAAAAUCUUCAUUUUUGUGUUUUUUUUUUUCUAGCUGGAAGUCAUAAUAUUAAACUGUUGGAACCAUCCGAUUAUGUUCGAUGUACACGAUUUCUUCGAUUUGGACUAUAAUCUACUCCAGUCGGUAGGUACGAUUUUAUUAAAGCUUACUUUUAGAUACUGUGCGUGUAUCUUAAGAAUGAAUUGAUUUUACUAUGUUAUGUGCUUCUUUUUUUUUUCUGUCUAUAACGGGAUGAUUAGGGGUGGUUCUGGUAGCAAAUUUUGUCUAGUUGGUGAAUUGAUAAGGUGAUUUUUGUUUUUUAAUUUUCUUGUAGUUUAUUAGCCGUUUGUACAUUUCUGGAAAGACGACAUUCUCAAUUCAAUUUGAUGGUUUUUGAGAAAUUUGUAGCCACUUUAAAUUGUUGAGUUUCUUUAGUUUUUAUUCAUUUUACUUUUGUAAAACUGUUUUGGCCCAGUGAAAAUGUUCGAAAAUUAUACACGAGAUUCAUCAAUAUUUGAUGUAGUAGGCUCUCAGUAGGCAGUGAAAAAUAAAAUUGAGAGUAACGUUAUAAUUGUUUUUUGUACACGUUUUAAGUUUAAUAGAAAUUAUGACAUUAAAAAACGUCAUUGUGUUUAACUGAACUUCACUCAGAAUUGUUCAUUAAAGACUUUGUAUCGUUGUAUAUGAUCAUAAUUUAUAAAUUAAAUUAUUUCAUACAUCAUACCUUUCUAACUUUUCACAAAAGUUGCCCAUCCAUUAGCAGUUUCAGCACAUAAUCUUUACACGCGAGAUGUUACCUUUAUUAUUAUAUACUUAAUAAGUAUGUGCUUGUGUGUUUGCAGAUAAUUGCGUCUGUUGUCACCUACGUGGUCGUUCUGGUUCAAAUACAGUUGGCAAUCAUGAACAUGUAAAUCUGCGAAAUUGUAUAGCAGGCAGUGGCAUAUAUAAAAAACAUUCUGUUUUGCGGAAGGACUGUAAUGGCAAUAGUGAUUUUAAAUAGUUUUGGGAGGUAUCAAGACGUGCUAGUCAGAACAAAGUUUAUUUUUUGUAAAACAAUCGUAGGAUUACUCCUUGAUAUUUUAAAUUUAAAAUAAGUUAAAUUAAAUUAAAACGUAAGGGGGCCUAUGUGCGCCGCUAAUAUGAUGACAAUGAGUGUAAUUCAUUAAAGAAUGCAUGUAAUAAUAUAAAAUUGGUAUACGUAUUAUUUUAUAUUAAAACUAGCCGUCCCGCCCGGCGUUGCCCGUGCCAAACAUAUGUGCAAUACAAGUUUUCCCCUGGUCUCUCUUUUUUUUUAUUCUCGUCGAAACACUGCAGUUCACCGUUAUUUCCCCUAAAUAUUUAAAAAUACCUUUUCUUUAAUUUUCAUUUCAAACUUAUAUGAAUUAUUUAUAUCGUUCUAUGCAAUGAAAAAUACCUGUAAACUAUUAUUUUGUAUACAGCCUAAACUGCUGCAAGUUAGGUCUACCACUUCUACAGGUCAUGUUGGAGAUUCCAAUAGUUUAAAACCUUUUCCAGACAAUGCGGAUCAUUUUGCAAAAACCCGAGUAAAAUCGGUUUAUAUUUUGAUUGUGCGUUUGUGA